AGAGAGAGAGAGAGAGAGAGAGAGAGAGAGAGAGAGAGAGAGAGAGAGAGAGAGGGUUAGAGAGAAAGAGUGAGGGGGGGGAGACAGAGAGGGGCAAAGAAUAGAAAGAGCAUUGUGUUGCUGCUGAGAAAGAACCCAUGUCUGCACAAAGAGAGAUGAAAGAGAAGAACCCCUGGCACACGCCUGUGACCAUCAUCAUCACUGUGAUUGGUGUCAUAGCGAUUGUUGCCUUGGUGACGGUAGCGGUUUUGCAGAACAGGCCCGUCUCCCAAAAGUACAAGUAUGGAAUCGUGCUGGAUGCUGGCUCAUCCCACACGGCUCUUUAUAUCUAUGAGUGGCCUGCAGAGAAGGACAACAACACUGGCAGAGUUGAACAGACGCAUUCCUGCAAAGUCAAAGGUAAAGGCAUCUCCAGCUAUGCAUCCGAGCCGUGGAAGGCAGGGGAGUCUCUGACACUUUGCAUGCAGGAGGCCGAGCAGAAGGUCCCCAAAAAAAGACACCAUGAAACCCCUCUUUAUCUGGGAGCUACUGCAGGGAUGAGACUGCUGAACAUGGAGAACAGCUCGGCGUCUGAUAAGGUGUUUCAGGCCGUGGAGAAAGCCCUGCAGAAGUCCCCCUUUUCCUAUCAGGGAGCGAGAAUCCUCAGCGGGCAGGAGGAGGGCGCCUUCGGCUGGGUCACAGUCAACUACUUGGAUGAUCGCCUCAUGCAGGGCUUAGAAACCACAGGCGCUCUUGACCUUGGCGGGGCCUCCACUCAAAUUAGCUUUGUGUCUGAUAAUUAUGACGGAUCGGAGUCACCCAGCAACUCUGUAGCUUUCCGCCUCUACGGAAAUGAUUAUAACCUGUACACUCACAGCUUCCUGUGUUACGGGAAAGACCAAGUCCUGAGAAUGGCACUGGCACAGCAGACUCAGUCAGGUCCAAGAACAAUAUUAGAUCCCUGUUUCCACCCGGGCUACACGGAGAUAAAGAACUACUCCGUCCUCUAUGACAGCCCCUGUGUGUCAGACAGGAAACCACAAGGAGCUCCUGUAAGCUUCAAUCACAGAGGGAACGGAAGCUUUGGACAAUGCCAGGAAAUUGUCAAAAGUGUCUUCAAUUUUACUUCCUGUAAAUACAGCCAAUGCUCUUUCAAUGGAGUCUUCCAGCCACUUUUGCAGGGGCCAUUUGGGGCUUUCUCCGCUUACUACUUCGUGAUGAACUUCCUCAAUCUGACCGACACAUCCAUCCCUCUGGACACUGUGAAGGACAAGCUAACACGCUACUGCGCUACGCCUUGGGAUCAGAUAAAGCUGCAGCAUCCGAAUGUAAAAUUAAACUAUCUGGAGGAGUACUGCUUCUCUGGCACGUACAUCCUCACCCUGCUGACUGAAGGAUACAACUUCACCUCGGAGAGCUACUCCAACAUAAAAUUCAUCAAGAAGAUAAAAGGCAGCGAUGCAGGCUGGACGUUGGGUUACAUGUUGAAUCUGACUAACAUGAUCCCAGCCGAGGCCCCUGACUCGCCCCCUCUGCCCCACGCCGGCUACGUCUCCAUAGUGACCAUCAUCGCCCUCCUGCUCGUCGUCCUCUUCAUCCUCAGCCUGCGCCCCCUCUGGCCCCGCUGCUCCAAACAGCCACACAUCAUAUAAACACACACUGACAUACUGUAUGUAUGAGUGAGGGAAGGAAGGAAGGAACAUCUGUGAAGGUUUGUGAGUGUGUACGUGUCGGUGUGGGCGGUUUUAGCAAUUUGUGGGAAGGUCAAAGGUCAGUGCAUGCUGCACAACACAGUCCUGCAGAUCACACGGAUCCAAGGACUUUUCAGAAGGACAAACGCUUUCUCCCAAUGGAGAGUGCAUCUCUGGUUGAAGGACAUUUUCAGCAUUUCAGUGUGUGUGUGUGUGUGUGUGUGUGUGUGUGUGUGUUUGAGUGUGAAUGUGUGAAAAUGAAUGCAUGCCUGAAUGCGAGAGUGAACCCACAUCAGUCUGCAUGUAUGUGUCUUGAAUUAUGAUGUGAAUAUAUUACUGUAUAAAUAAAAUAACCCAAGUUUAUAUAAAA